GGACACACCUAUCACCUGUCUCAGUCAGUUGUUAAGGGAGGAGGAGAAGGACACAGACGGAGACGGGAGAAGGCAAAGCUGGAGAAAGGGCCGUUCAUGACCCCUUGGAAGUGCAUCAAAUCGAUUUUCACUCCCUAUUGUAGAGGUCGUGGUCUUUGAGAAAAUGUUUGAAACCUUGAACAAACGUAUCCAGGACAGUCUGGUGGAGCGAAAGAGCCGCAGGUGCAGACUAGUGACCAAAGAUGGUCGCUGCAACAUUGAAUAUGGAAACAUCAACUACAGCAGACACUUUGCCUUCCUGGCUGACUUCUGGACCACCUUUGUGGAAAUCCGGUGGCGUUUUGUUCUCUUCUUCUUCAUUGCCUCUUUCACCCUCAGCUGGUUCAUCUUUGGCCUGCUGUGGUACUGGAUUUCCCGAAACAAUGGAGACCUGACGUGGCAAAACCCCCCAGUGGACCACAUUCCAUGUGUUGACAAUGUUGUAGGUCUCACCACAGCGUUCCUCUAUUCCCUAGAAACCCAGACAACUAUUGGGUAUGGUGGACGCGCUCUCACCCCUCUCUGUCCCGGUGCUGUGGCACUUCUCAUCAUCCAGUCCCUCCUUGGAGCCAUUAUCAACUGCUUUAUGUGUGGAAUCAUCCUGUCCAAAAUCUCUUUGCCUAAAAAGAGAGCAAAGACCAUCACCUUCAGCGACAUGGCUGUAAUCAGCCCCAAAAAUGGUGCUCUCUGCCUGUCAAUCAGAGUGGCCAACCUGCGCAAGACCCUGAUGAUAGGAAGCCAGCUCUACGGCAAGCUGCUGAGAACGACAUACACACCAGACGGGGAGACCAUCAUCAUGGACCAGGUGAACAUCGACUUCACGGUGGAUGCUGGGAAGGACAACCUCUUCUUCAUAUGCCCCCUCACGCUCUACCACGUCAUUGACAAGAGCAGCCCUUUCUUUGAGAUGGCGGUGGACACACUCCACCAAAAAGAUUUUGAGCUGGUCGUCUUCCUAGACGGCACAGCUGAGUCCACCAGCUCCUCCUGCCAAGUGCGGACCUCCUUUAUUCCUACGGAAAUCAUGUGGGGCUACAACUUCUUGCCCAUCAUUUCCAGAAGCAAGGAGGGGAGGUACAGAGUAGAUUUCUCCAACUUCUCCAAAGUGGUGCCCAUAGCGACUGCACACUGUGCCUAUUGUUUCCACAAUAUCAAGGGUCAUCACCACCACUCCAGAGACGGAUUUGACAACCUGGGCUUUGAGGUGAUUGAUAUCAAUGACCCCCCAAAUGUCACUAAGUUGUAAAAUGGUAGAGACAAUGGCCAUUGCAAAUCUCAAGAGAAAGACUUAAAUACUCUGAAACAAACAGGUGCUAAGGGCAGGUAGGGCAACCUAACGGCAGACAGUGCAUUGUGUAUCAUUUAAAUGUGACGUAAAGACAACCUACUUAUUUGUCUUAUAUGUUUGUGUUUUACAGAGAUAAGGAAUCUGUAAGAACAGUUAUUGUUGAGAAUUUGUUUGUCUGUCUGCCUGACCAGAAACCUGUUUUCUAAAGGGAAACCAAGUCAUGCAAGAUGGUGAAGCUACAGUUCAAGAACAAAGAGAGAGAAAAGUUUUUUCCAAGUAAACAUAUGCUCUUUAUCUUUGACCUUGUACAUCUGGUUUACCAAGUAUCUAGAGGCAGAAAAAACAAAGAAAAUGUUUAAUCCUGGAUAUACAUCUCGUCAUUACUUGAAAGACCAGUGUUGAGGGUCGUACUUAUAAGACAACGAUGAUGUAGUUCAAUAGUUCAUGUAAAUUUAGGCUGUCAUGCACAAAGAGACACUUGCACUUGAACCAUCAGAGUUUGCUUGAACUAUUCAGACACGGUGGCACUAGCAAGGUGUUGGGGUAUGGGGACAGUCUUUUUGAACAGUGUGUGAUGUAGUUGUGCUUUUUUUUUAAUAAAGACACUGGGAGAGAACAAAGCUCUCAGGAAAUGUGUAAAAAUAUGGCUGCAAGCAGCACUGACUGUACUGUAAGAAUCAAUUUUGUCUUUUUUGUAUUUGAUACAAGGUGGAGAAUGUAUGGAGCCCCUCUGGUGACAUUUGGGACAAAAAUAUUGUGUAGCCAUGCGCUGGAAUGAGAUCAAUAUGGCGUGGCCACAAGUUAUGAAUCUGUUCCUCAAUAACAAGACCUGGCGAACACAACUGAAGAAGCAGCUCGGAUGAGUGCGAUGUGGCCUCUAUAACGGCCUUUAGUUUGACACACACUGGCUGCACAGGCGUCACAAUGUAAAUCUGUAAACAAUCUAUCUAUCUAAAAUGUUUCAUCUCUCAUCCAAGAGGCUUCCAAGUUCCAAGUACGCCAGGUCUUGUAAUUAAGGAACAGAUUCAUUCCCACGCGUUAUGUUGUGGCCACGAGAUCUUUUCUUUUUCUCCCAAAAGUCACCAGAGGGGCUCCGUCAGAAAACACUGAAAAUAAAGGCUUUUUUUGCAUUCAAAAAA